GCUGAGACCGUCUGAGCGGAUGUCUGUUAACAAAAUAGGCGCCGAUUGCUGAGUCUUCGCUGCCCGGAGGUGAAGCUCAUCGACGCGGCCGCUGGAGCUCCACCGGAGCGGGAUGCCGACGCGCUGACGCCGGUGGGGCCGCGGUGCUUUCACUUCGGAUGGGAGCUCCGAGCCAGAGACGAUAAAUCAGGGAGAAAGCGAAGGGCCAGCUAGAUCCGGUUUGAAAAUUAAGAAGAAGAAAAAAAAGAGCCCGGAGAGCGGAAAGGGAAGAGUGGUCGUGGCGGCGGCAUGUUCUGAUCCCAGAGCCGACAAGCGGCCGCGGCUGGCGGGAUGAAGGCUCCAGGGAGACCCGGGCGGACGCUGCUCCUUCCCCGGCUCUUCAUCGGUGGACUGGGUCUUCUCACAGCUGCCUGGAUCUGUCCCUUCAGCGAGCCUACAGGCUCUCAUGGCCAAACAGUGGGUGAUGGCAUGCUCUUAUCCAAGAGACAGAUCCUGCAAAAAGAAGAUAAUCAGACUAGCUCCAGAUCUGCCAUAAACGAGUUUCCAGAGGACAUCUUCACUCUGGAUCAGAGGAGACAGGGAGCCGUGCUGCUUCACGUUCUCUGCGCGAUCUACAUGUUUCACGCGCUGGCCAUAGUGUGUGAUGUUUACUUUGUGCCGUCACUGGAGAAAGUGUCAGAGAACCUUCAUCUCAGUCAGGAUGUCGCUGGGGCAACCUUCAUGGCAGCUGGAAGCUCCGCCCCCGAACUCUUCACAUCACUGAUUGGGGUGUUCAUCACAAAGGGAGACGUUGGUGUGGGAACCAUUGUUGGAUCAGCCGUCUUUAACAUCCUUGUCAUUAUUGGCCUCUGCGGCAUCUUCUCUGGACAGCCCAUCUCCCUCAGCUGGUGGCCUUUGUUCCGUGAUGCUGUUUUCUACAUCAUCUCCAUAGUGGUGCUUAUUCUGGUGAUCUAUGAUGAAAAGGUGUUGUGGUGGGAAACCAUCAUCCUGAUCUCCAUGUAUGGGAUUUAUAUAAUCAUCAUGAAGUUCAACAGACCUCUGUGUUGCCUGAUGGAGAGACACUGCAGCGUGGAGGGUCAGCCGUGCCUGAGCAGUUUCAGACGGACCACCGCCGUAGGAAACGCCGGGGACUGUGAAAACGACACGGUGCCGCUGAAGCCAGACUCAUGUGUGGUGGCCGGUCAGGACUCAGCAGUGGUGAUGGUGGACGAGCUACUGAACCUUCACCCCCAGCAGCUCUCCUUCUCAGAGAGGCAGAGGCUGAUCCGGGCUCGGGUGAGCCCAGAGGAGGCGACGGCUGCGGGGGAGGAGGUUUUAUCCCCAAGUGGAACUUGGAGGAGAGAGAACGGGACGAUGGCCGAGGGGGACAGGCAUCUGCAGGAGGGAGAGAAGGACACGGGUAAAGAGUCAGCGGGGGAGACGGGGGGGAGUUCACAGCAAGAAGAGGAGGAGGAGGAAGAGCAGGAGAAAGGAGAAGAGGAGGAGAACGCCUUCAGACCUUUUAUCCUGCCAGAUGGCCCAGGCAUGCGACUGAAGUGGCUCCUGUCCUGGCCCGUGAGCUUCCUGCUCCACUUCACCAUCCCCGACUGUAGCCAGCCGCGGUGGGAGCGCUGGUACCUGCUCACCUUCCUGGCCUCCACGCUCUGGAUCGCCCUCUUCUCCUACCUCAUGGUCUGGAUGGUGACCAUCAUCAGCUACACGCUCGGGAUCCCAGACGUCAUCAUGGGCAUCACUUUCCUUGCAGCCGGCACCAGCGUUCCCGACUGCAUGGCCAGUCUCAUCGUCGCCCGACAAGGAAUGGGCGACAUGGCCGUGUCCAACUCCAUUGGCAGUAACAUCUUCGACGUGCUGCUGGGCCUGGGCUUCCCCUGGGCUCUGAGGACUCUCAUCGUCAGCUACGGAUCGGUGGUGACAAUCAACAGCAAAGGCCUGGUGUACUCUGUGGUUCUGCUGCUGGCCUCGGUCUCCCUCACCGUUCUGUGCGUCCAUCUGAACCGCUGGAGGUUGGACCGCAGGCUGGGCCUCUGCCUGCUGCUGUUUUACGCCAUCUUCCUCCUCUGCUCUGUCGGCUUUGAGAAGCUGUAGAGGAACACGCAUACACACACACACACACACACACACACUGUCCCACACAGACCAGGAGCCUGAUUAGUUUGAACCCUUCACUGCUGCCAUUAAACAGACAUUUCAUUAAUUAAAUCCUCACAGUGGCUGUUUAAGCAGCAUCACUGUGACACCAGGUGUCUGUCAGUUAUGUUUACCUUUGAUAAACAAGUGUUUUAAAGUUUUGUACCGAAGCACCUUCAGCACACGUUUUGUGAAAUCAAACCCAGCUGCACUUAACGUGUCACAACAAAGUUUAAAUAUAAAGUGUUGAAUUUGUAUCCCUGCACCCCGAAAGCGUGUCGGUUUUGGGCACCUCAAAGAUAUUAUGUGUAAGAUUAUAUAGUUGCUUCUCAGUUUGUGCUCCCGCUUCCUGUUUAGUGUCACGGUUUUUGUCACACCUCUGUGGCUGUAAAUGGUCCAGCAUGGCUGAUAGGCACACUGCAGAUAUUUGCACUAAGUCUCUGUCGCCCCCUCCUUCAAAAGCCUCUGGGCAGAAGUGGUUUUGAGUGUCUGCUCGGUGAGUCCUCGAGUGCAGUUCUUCUUGAGGUACGAGUGCAAUAAAACCCUUUGUUCUGCAA